AUGCGGCGGGAAUACCUUCCGUUGGAUUCUUUACUAGCCUGGUUGAGGCUAAAUGGAAUUGUCACAAAUGGCGUUGCUGUGCAAAGACUGGAAACAGUUGAGUCAGACACAGACAAGGGCAAUGCGAUAAUAGCAACAGCGGACUCCAAGCAUAGUACCGACGAGCAGGUCCUCCUCCAGAUCCCACGGGACUUGGUGUUGUCAUUAGAAUCGGUGCACGACUAUUUCAAAUCCGAUCGUGAUCUUCGCGACGUACUCGAGGCAACAGCGAGGGGUUCAAUAUUGAUCUUCCUUCUCGUUCAAAUCACACACAAUAACUCGCAAAUGCCCCGGCAUAUAGGGGUAUCCAAUCCCUGGACCGAAUACCUCAAAUUUCUCCCGUCUUCAUUUUCUCUGCCUACCUUCUGGUCGGAAGAGGAACGGGAGCUGCUGAAGGGAACUUCUCUUGAGGUAGCAAUAGACGCUAAACGGAACUCGCUCGAAAAGGAGUUCGAGUUGAUUCGUCAGGCUACUGAAGGUAUAUCCUGGUGUCAGCAAUGCUGGUGGGCUGAAAGUCCGGACGGUUUGACCUUCGAGGACUGGAGAUAUGUCGAUGCGGCAUAUCGAUCACGCAUGUUGGAUCUGCCGGGGAGCGGGCAUUCGAUGGUGCCUUGUGUGGACAUGGUUAAUCAUGUGGCUGGUGCAGCAGUGAACGCGCUAUAUGACGCGGAUUCUGAUGGAAAUGCGAUCCUGAAGUUGCGCGAUGGUAAAACCUUGCGAACAGGCGAAGAGGUGACUAUCUCAUAUGGAGAUAAGAAGCCUGCAUCGGAGAUGAUAUUCUCCUACGGAUUUCUUGACCGUGAGAUGACGGAAACAACUCAAGUCAUGUUGAACAUGAACUUCUCCGAGGACGAUCCUCUUGGCAUGGCUAAGAAAAUGAUCUGCAAGGAUACUCCUGGAAUCCGAGUUUCUGUCUGCCAAGACCCAGCUAUCACCAGUCCGACAUCAUCAAAAAAGCCUGGAAGCAUCAUCUGGGACAGCCCGUUAACCUGGUGGUCAAGCGUGAAUGAAGAAGAUGGACUUCAAAUCGGGAUCGCACAAACAAUGGAUGGAGGUAGAGAGCUGGAGGCACACUGGAAGGGCGAGAAGAUUCAAUCACCCGAUCAGCUCCCUCAACUCCUUGCAGCUGAUCCUUUGAUCGAUAUUUUCCAACUUCGGGCUGUCGUCUUGGUGCUGGAACGGCUGGAAUCGCAGCUUUCGCUUCUACAUGAAACAAACGAGGUUCUAGAAAAUCUGCACAAAAACCCGGAAAUUCUGAGAAGUUUGUUUAGACCUGAGAUUUUCGAUAUGGUAAUUCAGCUGCGGCAGCUUGAGGGCACAUUACUACAAAAGGCAGUUGAGGAGCUGAUGCAGCAGAAAACCGACUUGAUGAAGUCAGCGACUGUUACAAGGUAUCUCGAGCAGGCUCAAGCAGAUGAAGUUGAAGAUUUUUCAUAG